AUGGAGUUUGCUGAAAUUCCUGUAAUCGACUUCUCGCCUUUCCUCGAAGCCAAUCAAGAACAAGUUGCUCGCCAAGUCGACGAGGCGCUGUGUAAACAUGGGUUUCUCUACCUGACAAACCAUGGAAUCUCGAAGGAGAAGAUUGAGGAGGCAUUUCAAUGGUCCCGAAAAUUCUACACGCUUCCCUUAUCUGAACGACUCAAGCUUGUUGCUCCCAAUCCCACCACCUCAUACGGCUACACAGCAUUGAACACGGAGAUUGUCCGCGGCCGGCCCUGUAUGAAAGAGAGCUUUGAAUUCGGAAAUCCAGAUUUCCUGAACCGGCCGAGUAUGUGGCCAUCUGAGGAGCUCCUGCCAGGUUUCAAGGAAGGCUUGAUGGCUUUCUACGAGGACUGUUCACGCCUCACCCGCCGUUUACUGGACUGCCUAUCUCUCGCGCUCCAUCUUCCUCCCGACUAUGCGCUGAUUAACUACCACAUUCGCUCCCUUUUCAGCAUGGAUCUGAUCCGUUACCCAGCCGUCCCUGUCCAGGCAUUGAGAUCAGGGAGCCAAGUCCGAUUACCCGCACACUCGGACCCAAACGCCUUGACGAUUCUGUUCCAAGAAGACAUACCCAAGUCCGGCAACGAAGGAGAUGGCAUUAUAGGGUCCGGGUUAGAAAUCGCUGUUGUCGGAUCAAGCGAACGCGGGACGAGUGAGAGCUACGAGAAGACGGGGACGUGGAGAGCUGUGGCGCCGAAGCCGGGGACGGUGAUUGUCAACGUCGGAUACUUGCUGAAGCGGUGGACGAAUUCCAGGUGGAAGAGCGCCGUGCAUAGAGUCGGUGAGCCAGUAAAGUUGAGUGCUAGUAUCGCUGAGAAAUCUCAACCGGGGGGUGAGAAACAGGGACAAAAGACCAUUGAAGAAGAUGAAAAGGAUGCGGAAAUUGAAGCGGAAAUGGCGCCCGAGAGAUAUAGUAUUCCAUUCUUCUCAGCGCCGGAUCCCGAGACGGUGAUCGAGGCUUUGCCGGGAACCUGGGGAGAAGAGAAGCCGAAGAAAUGGGGACCCUUGCCUGUUGCUGAUUAUUGGGCGAAGAAGAGAAGGGAUAUCAAACUGGAUCAGCAUCAGGACUAG